GCAAUGAAGCAUCUCUCCAGACUUUUAAAAUCUCUGAGUGCCUCCAAAGUGCCCUAUAGAAUUAAAAGUCAACCUUGCAGUGGAUCUCCAGAUUUGGGAUUCUCCUACUAUGAAGCUCUCUACAAGAAUGUGCCCGAGCAUUUCAAUUUCGCAAGCGAUGUGCUGGAUAAAUGGAGCCAAAAGGAGAAGGAUGGAAAGAGACCUUCCACUCCCGCUCUUUGGUGGGUAAGUGGGAAAGGCGAGGAGGUGCAGUGGACCUUUGAGGAGCUGGCAUUCUUAUCCAAGAAAGCAGCCAACGUCCUCUCCAAAGCUUGCAAUCUGCAGAAGGGAGACCGAAUCGUCAUCAUCCUCCCCAGGGUGCCUGAAUGGUGGCUGAUCAGUGUGGGCUGCAUCAGAGCAGGUGUCACCUUCAUCCCAGCCACGACCCUGUUGACUGCUAAAGACAUAUUGUACCGGCUCCAAAAGUCUCGGGCCAAAUGCAUAGUUACAAACGAUGCCUUGGCUCCAUUGAUUGACUCUCUUGCAUCUGAUUGCCAGUUCCUGAAAACUCGGAUGUUGGUCUCCGAAGGCACCAGCAGAGAAGGAUGGCUGAACUUCCAUGACCUGCUGAAAGCUGCAGGUGAUGAUCACCAGCCUGUUAAAACAAGGAGUGAGGAUCCAGCGAUCAUUUACUUCACCAGUGGAACCACGGGUCAUCCCAAAAUGGUGGAACAUUCCUGCAGCAGUUUGGGGAUUGGACUAGCAAGUGCCGGAAGGAACUGGAUGGACCUGAAACCUUCAGAUUUGAUGUGGGGUUUCUCUGACCCAGGCUGGAUCAAAUUUGUCUUCAGCAAUUUGUACCCUAUAUGGAUGAUAGGGGGAUGUGUCUUUCAGCAUGGCAUGCCGCAGUUUGAGCCAGUAACCGUCCUCAAUACUCUUUCCAAGUAUCCAGUGACGAUCUUCUGCGGCACCCCAACUAUUUUCCGUAUGCUUCUGCGGCACGACGUUAGCAGAUACCAGUUCAAGAGUCUAAGACGAUGCCUGAGUGGUGGGGAGCCAACCAACCUCGAAGUGAUUGAGCAGUGGAAAGCUCAUACAGGAAUAGUAAUCCGUGAAGGCUAUGGGCAGACAGAGACUGCCAUACUUUGUUCAACCCCGAUGGAUAUGAAACUCAAGCCUGGGUUUAUUGGACCAUCAUCUCAUCCCUUUGAUGUCCAGAUAAUAGACGAACAUGGCAAUCGCCUGCCUCCUGGGGCAGAAGGAGACAUUGCAGUUAAAAUCAAACCCCAAAGGCCCUUGGGUCUCUUCUCUGGCUACUUGGAUGACCCUGAGAAAACAGCCUCGACAGAACGUGGAGACUUCUACAUCACUGGGGACCGAGGGAUCAUGGAUGAAGAUGGCUACAUCCAGUUUGUGGCAAGAGCUGAUGAUGUCAUCUUAUCUGCUGGGUAUCGCAUUGGGCCCUAUGAAGUGGAACAUGCCUUAAUGGAACACCCAGCAGUGGCAGAAUCGGCUGUUGUCAGCAGUCCAGAUCCCGUCAGGGGAGAGGUUGUAAAAGCCUUUAUCAUCCUGUCGCCUGCCUACGAGUCACGAGAGAAAGACCAAUUAAUUUGUGAGCUGCAGGACCAUGUCAAGAAGACAACAGCUCCCUACAAGUACCCCAGAAAGAUAGAGUUUGUUCAAGACCUACCCAAGACAAUUUCUGGAAAAAUCCAAAGGAAACAGCUGAGGAAGAAGGAGUGGGAGAAUGCCUAACAAGACUCUGAAACCAGCAUGAAAGGACUGGUUGUUAUUUGUCACAAUAGUCUCAGAGGACUGAUGAGUAGGUAGAUAGAAGAUGUAAACUGUUUGCCACCAGGGACAAAUUAGACAUCACCAAUCACCUAUCAGCAUACGGUUUCUGACUAUGCAUGAAGCCUGACGUCAGUGCUUUCCAAAUCACUUCAAGGUUUGAUGACUGCAAUGCAGCCUGUGUGGGGUUUCCCUUGCACCUGACCCUGAAACUGCAGUUAUUAGCCCAGAAUUCUGCAGCAUGGCUGCUGACAGGAGUAAAACUCCAUCCACAUAUGGCAGCUCUGCUCAGAAAUCUGCUCUGGCUGCCCAUUGGUUACUGGGACAAGUUCAAAGGUGUAUAUUAAGUAGUUUGGAACCAGUUUGUUUGCGAGAUCACCUUACCUCAUACAUGCCCGCGCAAAUUCCCCCUUCACCUAAUCUUGCUGCACUUCACUUUCCCAGGGGUUAAGGUAGUCUUUAGGCUCAAAUAUUAUUUGUGUGCUAAGGUUAGCAGUUUGCUUUGCAGAAUUGGAGUACUAAAUACUGGUAUACAACCAGUAUCACCUCCUUUAAGUAGAGAUUCAAUUUGUUUGCACCUCCUGCAUGCCAGUGGCGAACUUUGGGCUUUAAAAUUUCAUGCUGAGCUCUGUGCAACGCCAAAAUUUGGCACUCCCCAUGCCUUCCAAUGUGCAUCAAUGUUUCAGCGCCCUCUCGACUCGGCACCCAUUGCGGGUGAAUCAGUCAUGCUCCCCUAAAUCUGCCUCUUUGUGUGCCCAACUUCUGUGCUGUGAUUCCUUACUGAAUAUAUUUUAAUAAUGGGAAGUGGAACCCAGUCAGGCCUGGAAAUGAUGCCUUAUGAGGAACGGCUUAGGGAGCUGGGUAUGUUUAGCCUGGAGAAGAGAAGGUUAAGGGGUGAUAUGAUAGCCAUCUUCAAAUAUAUGAAAGAAUGUCAUAUGGAGGAGGGAGAAAGAUUGUUUUCUGCUGCUCCAGAGAAGCGGACACGGAGCAAUGGAUUCAAACUACAAGAAAGAAGAUUCCACCUAAACAUUAGGAAGAACUUCCUGACAGUAAGAGCUGUUCGGCAGUGGAAUUUGCUACCAAAGAGUGUGGUGGAGUCUCCUUCUUUGGAGGUCUUUAAGCAGAGGCUUGACAGGCAUAUGUCAAGUAUGCUUUGAUUGUGUUUCCUGCUUGACAGGGGGUUGGACUAGAUGGCCCUUAUGGUCUCUUCCAACUCUAUGAUUCCAUGAUUCUAUGAUUCUAUGAUCUAUUUCUUAAUCUGCUCAAGGUUACAAUUGCAAAAACAAAAUAAAAAAGAGCUCUUUUCAUUGCCAGGUUGUGCUUAACGCUGUUUUUAACCAUACAUCACUUGAACCAAAAGGAUGUGUGCAACCUGGUUCUCUUUCAUUGCUACAAAGCCGAGCUCAUGAACACAUCUGAUCAGACACAGCCUGGGAGAAUGGCAAACCGGUCUGGUGGCCAAGCUGCCAAUUAUCUUUCAGCAAAGACCUCAAUGGAGUGAUUACCGGUACGUGGCAAACAAACAGCAGUUCCCAGAAGGAACGGUGCCAAGUGCCGCCCCGCAGGUGGAUCUGUAACGCCCCAGCACUUUGGGGGAUAAUGCUGUGUUUCUACAAUGGUUAAGCUUUUAAUUGAUGCUGGUGAGGGAGACGAGGUCAGCUUUCUUCCAUCUCAUAAGGGCAUCUCACAUUAACAGCGGGUAGGAAGGACACUCCUGUUGGAUGCAGAGGGCAUCCCCAUGCUCUUUCACGCUUCAUGCUUGCUAAACAAAAUGAGAGCAGUGAGCAGAAGACUAGAUAGGAGCUGACUCCCAAGGAAAGCGUUUGUCGCUGGUAAUGAGUUCUCCAGGGGACGAGGCUCUGCUUGUUUGGCACAGAUACCACCUUAGCAACACAAACAGCAGAAACAUAUUACAGUAUCCUAGUGGAUGCAGGAGGAGAUGCUGGACUAGAUAGAGCCUGGAUGUGGGGACCAUUGGUCCUCCAGAUGUUGCUGAACUAUCAUCUUCAUCAUCCUCUGAUGGGAGUUGUAGCUCAGCAGCAUCUGGAGGGCCAAAUGUUUCCCACUCCUGAGUUAGACUUUUACCCUGAUCCAGUAGGUGUCUUAGGUAUGUAUUUAGUAAGGGAAGUCCCUAUUAUCUAGUUGUCAGAGGGCCUGAUGUGGCUACUCUAGAGUAACGACUCCAGCAUAGUCUUUUUAGGCUUUUAUUAAGUGCUGAUUAUUUACAGUGGUCAGAACGAUCUAUAUACAUGCUUAAGGUGAGGUGUCAGAACCUCCGAAUGGCGAUUGGCGCAUUUUCUUCCAGCAAAGAAGCUUUGGGAGACCCAACC